CUGUAGUUCCUCCUGCCGAGCUGUCAUUGUCAUGUCAAGUUUCGAUACGAACUGUCAACUGUCAAUGUCAGAUUUGUUUUGACAUUUAAUAAAUUUAAUUUCAAAUAUAUAUUUGUUUGUGCGGAAAUAUACAAAAUGCAACCGCAGAUCCUAGUUCUGAAGGAGGGCACGGACUCGUCGCAAGGCAAGCCGCAGCUCAUCUCUAACAUCAAUGCCUGCCAGCUCGUUGUCGAUGCGGUGCGCACGACGCUGGGCCCGCGCGGCAUGGACAAGCUCAUUGUGGACCACCAGGGCAAGGCCGUCAUCUCCAACGACGGAGCCACCAUCAUGAAGUUGCUGGACAUUGUUCAUCCCGCCGCCAAGACCCUCGUGGACAUCGCCAAGUCGCAGGACGCUGAGGUCGGCGACGGCACCACGUCAGUAGUGAUCCUGGCCGGAGAGCUGCUCAAGAGAUUGAAGCCUUUUGUUGAAGAGGGCGUGCACCCGCGCAUCAUCGCGCGCGCGGUGCGCACGGCGUCGCGGCUCGCCGUGGAGCGCGUGCGCGAGCUCGCCGUGCGCAUCGACAACAAGUCGCCCGAGGAACAGAGGGACCUACUGCAGAAGUGCGCGGUGACGGCGAUGUCGUCGAAGCUGAUCCACCAACAGAAGGGGCACUUCUCCAAGAUGGUGGUGGACGCCGUGCUGUCGCUGGACGCGCCGCUGCUGCCGCUGGAUAUGAUCGGCAUCAAGAAGGUGUCGGGCGGCGCGCUGGAGGACAGCUUCCUGGUGGCGGGCGUGGCCUUCAAGAAGACCUUCUCGUACGCCGGCUUCGAGAUGCAGCCCAAGACCUACACAGACUGCACCAUCGCGCUGCUCAACAUCGAGCUCGAGCUGAAGGCUGAGAGGGACAACGCUGAGGUGCGCGUGGACAACGUGGUGGAGUACCAGAAGGUGGUGGACGCGGAGUGGCGCAUCCUGUACGAGAAGCUGGAGGCGCUGCACAAGUCCGGCGCCUCCGUGGUGCUCAGCAAGCUGCCCAUCGGCGACGUGGCCACGCAGUACUUCGCCGACCGCGACAUGUUCUGCGCGGGGCGCGUGCCGGACGAGGACUUGCGGCGCACGCAGCGCGCGUGCGGCGGCGCCGUGCUGUCGUCGGUGCGCGAGCUGGCGCCCGCCGCGCUCGGCCGCUGCCAGAGCUUCACCGAGCGGCAGGUCGGCGGCGAGCGGUACAACAUCUUCACUGGCUGCCCGGCGGCGAAGACGUGCACGCUGAUCCUGCGCGGCGGCGCCGAGCAGUUCCUCGAGGAGACGGAGCGAUCGCUGCACGACGCCAUCAUGAUCGUGCGCCGCACCAUCAAGAACGACGCCGUCGUCGCCGGCGGCGGCGCGAUCGACAUGGAACUCUCCAAGUACCUGCGCGAAUACUCCAAGUCUGUGAUGGGCAAGGAGCAGCUGCUGCUGGCGGCCGCGGCGCGCGCGCUCGAGGCCGUGCCCCGGCAGCUGUGCGACAACGCCGGGUUUGAUGCCACCAACCUGCUCAACAAACUCCGGCAGAAACAUCAUCAGGGUGAGAUCUGGUACGGCAUCGACAUCCAGAAGGAGGACAUCGCGGACAACUUCGCGUCGUGCGUGUGGGAGCCCGCCGUCGUCAAGAUCAACGCCAUCACCGCCGCCUGCGAGGCCGCCGCGCAGAUCCUGUCCAUCGACGAGACCAUCAAGAACGUGAAGGCGGGCGACGCGCCGCAGAUGGGCGGCAUGCCCGGCCGCGGCAUGGGCCGCCCGCGCAUGGGCUAACUUGUACCAUACCGCCGGCUCACUUGUACCAUAGAGCUGGGCUCACUUGUACCAUACAGCCAGCUCACUUGUACCAUGCAGUUCAGUUGUAACAUAUCGCCGGCUCACUUGUACCAUGCACAAUAAAUAAAUAAAUAAAUAAAUGCAGCUGGCGCAAUGUAACAUACAUACUGGCUCACUGGUACUAUAGAGCUGGCUCGCUUGUAUCAUACAACGGGCUUAGUUAGUUGUAUCCAACAUUUUAAUAUCUAUGCUUUAACGGAGCAGCGGUACCCGUGGACUCUGGUCGCUGACUUUAUGGAUGUUUUUGUUAAAUGUAUUUUUCGUUUAUGGUUAUGAGGCAUUGUAUGCUAUUUGCAUUUAUUAAAUCCGAAAAUGUUGAACAAAAUCUACUGUUAAACAAUCCAUGCCUAAUUUUAAUGCGUGCAUCCGAAUAGAAACGCUAGUUCUUUAUAUUUUAGUCCACGGAGGUCCACAAGUGCCGACAGAUCUAAUAUCUAGUAUUAUAAUAUUAUUUUUACAAUACAAUAUGUCCGAUCAGCGGGGCAGACUCCAGAAACUGUAGUUUCUAACUUUAUAUUAAACACGCCUUAAUUAAUUAAUGAAUGUUAUGCAUUUUGCUUUCACAAACACUUAGAUAGUGGAUAAGUUAUUUUAGAUAUUUACUGUAAUAAAUUUACUAAACACUUAA